UAUAAUAUGAAUAUAUUUGUUUAUUCUUUUCAUAUAUAUAUAUAUAGAUUCACCAAUUGAUGUUGAUCAACUUAAUGUUGUAUUAACACUUUGUAGUGCAGCUUCACUUGAUGUUCGUUAUGUUGCUAUGCGUAAAUUAAUGACAUGUUUUAUUGCACAUCCAUCAGUAUGUCGUUCAUAUGCUAAAUGUCAUGGUUGGCAAGAAACUUUAGUUCAUUUUUUUAUUAAAUCUCGUCGUUCAACAUCAAUGCAAUCAUCACAAUGUUUAACAUCAUCAAAUGUAUCAAAUGAUGUAUCUGUAACAUGUAAAACAGAUCAAAGUAUUGAUUCUGGUAGAGAAAGUUCUAAUAGUACAAUUACUGAUAAUGGUGAUCUUCCUACUUUAUUAAUAUCACCACAAAUAUUUGAAACAUCAUCAAAUCCAGAAGAUUUAACACAAGAAAGACUUCUACGACAAAAUGAUUUAUCACCAACUACAGAUGAAACUAUGCAUCUUGAUUUAACUCAAAUACUUGCAUCACCAAGACCAUCAUUAACAUCAACGUCAGCUCUUUCAUCUAUGAAUAUUUUAAUCGAUAAAGAUAUAACACCAGAAUUUCAACAAAAUAAACUUGGAAUAAGACGAUCACUAUUACAAUCAUCUUCAACUAGCAAUGAAGAUCUUCUUUCAUUAAUUAAAGCAGACAAUUCACUUGAUGAUUUUCCUUCAAUGACUAGUAGCACUGAUGUUAUAUGUACAUUACCAAGAACAACCACUAUGACAAGUGUGACAAGUACAGAAGAUACAUCAUUUUUUGUUCCUUCACAAGCUAAUCCUGAAGAUGGUGGUCUGCUUGAAGAACUUUGUGAAACACUUAUAUUAACAAUAGUUAUGAUUUUAUGGAAAGGAAUAACUGGUUCUGAUGAUGAAGCUUGGAUAAUUCGUGGUCAAGUUUUUUCAGCACUUCAUUAUCUUCAUCGUGAUUAUGAAUUCUAUUUACCAAUAGUUUAUAUUGAACGACGUAUACUUGAAUUAAGUAUGGAAACAUGUUUAAAUGAUCUGAGAGCAAGUGGAGGUAAAACAACAUCAACUUAUGAAAAUAAUUGUCGUGAAUUAAUUAAAAUUGUUGAUGAUUUUCUUUCACAAACAACAGAAACUAAUGAUCGAAUUACAGAAAAUUUUAUUAAUGGAAUUCUUCCAAUAUUAGAUACAAUGCUUAUAUUUGAAGAAAAUGGUACUGGUGAUCAAACAGCAUCAACACUUAUUUCACAUGAUGAACAUUGGACUGAAACAUCAUUAACUGGUCUUAAUAUUCUAUUAAAUCUUCUUUCUCAUUCAAAUGUAUCAUAUUGUGGUCCAGCAUCUGUUCGUAUACAUUCAUUAUUACAUAGUCGUCCAUUAAAUGGACGUGAAGAAGCUGCAUAUUUAUUAUCUAAUGUAAAUACAGUCAUUUCAUCUAUAUCACAAAAUGAAGAUUGCGAACAUUUUGGAUAUUUAUUACCAAUAAUGAAAACAAUUAUUGAUAAAUCUUAUGAAAUUCUACAAAUGAAUGUACAAAUACCAAAUGUACCAUUACGUAAAGCAACAUCAACAGCAUUAGAUGAUUUUCGUCAAUAUUGUUCAGCAUCAAAUAGUCAAGAAUGGCAAAUGUUUAUUCAACGACAUAUUGAACCACUUGCUGAACAUUAUCGUUCAAUGUCUAUAAGACCAUUUCAUAUGAAUAUGAAAAUAUGGUGGAAUAAUUGUUAUGAAAUGAUGAUGGUUGGUAUACAUAAACGAAAUAGACAAAUUGGUGAAGAAAAAUUAAAAUUUCAAAGUCAUAUUGUCGAACAAUGGCAUCAACGUCGUCGUUCUGAUCAACAACGUAUUUUAACAUUAGCUAAACAACGUCGUAUACAUCAAAUACAUGUUGAACAUGAAUGGAGAGAUCGAGAAAAAUAUAUUAAUGGUGAACGUGGUCCAUGGUGGAAUGAAAAAAUUAAUAAAGAACGUCAUUGGAAAUUAUCUGAUCGUGAAAAUAUACAUCGUAUGAGAUGUAAACUUAUUGAAAAUAAUGAUUUUAAUAAACAUGAUGAAGCAAGUCGUUUAAGAGAUAAUUUAGGUAUUGAUUCAAUAGAUGAAUCACGUCAAUCAUUACUUGAAGAAAGUUUAAAAAAUAAAUCUUUAUUAAUUCAACAAGAAUCUUUACGUGGAAAUUCAAUUGAUGAACAAGAAUUUUUAGCUGUUGCAAAUGAAACUCAAUCAUUAUUACUUGAAGAAAAAGAAAAAAUGAUUAUUGGUGCACAAUGUUCAUUAAUAACUUCAACAUCAGUAACAGAUGGUAAACUUGAAAUAACAAAUCGAUAUGUUUAUUUUUUUGAUUCAACACCACAAAAAUCUUGUGAAAAAGAUUUUAAAUAUCCAUUAUCAUGGUUACAAGAUGUACAAUUACGUCGUUAUAAUUUACGUCCAUCAGCAUUAGAAUUUUUUCUUCUUAAUCAUACAAAUUUUUUAAUGAAUUUUGAUAAAAAAAUACGACGACAAGUCUAUCAAAAAAUUAUGUCAUUAAAAUUACCUGGAAUGAAAAGUCUUUAUUCAAAUUUAUCAAUAACAAUAACACCACAAGAUAUGUUAAAAGAAUCAAAAUUAACUGAAAAAUGGGUUACAAGAGAAAUAUCGAAUUAUGAUUAUUUAAUGAUGUUAAAUACAAUUGCUGGACGAACAUAUAAUGAUCUUAAUCAAUAUCCUAUUUUUCCUUGGAUAUUAAAAGAUUACUCUUCGGAUGUAUUAGAUAUUAGUGAUCCAGAUGUUUUUAGAGAUUUUUCUAAACCAAUUGGUAUACAAAAUCCAAAACAUAUGGAAGAAGUCAGAUUAAAAUAUGAAUCAUUCGAUGAUCCAACGGGUUUAAUGAAAAAAUUUCAUUACGGUACACAUUAUUCAAAUGCUGCAAGUGUUAUGCAUUAUCUUAUUCGAAUGGAACCUUUUACUACAUUACAUAUUCAAUUACAAAGUGGAAAAUUUGAUAUAGCAGAUCGUCAAUUUCAUUCAUUUCAAUCUGCAUGGUUAAAUAUAAUGGAUUCACCAAAUGAAGUUAAAGAAUUAAUUCCUGAAUUUUUUUAUUUACCAGAAUUUCUUAUUAAUUCAAAUAAAUUCGAUUUAGGUAAACUUCAAAUAACUAAUCAAGUAUUAAAUGAUGUUCAAUUACCACCAUGGGCUUAUAAUUCACCUGAAGAAUUUAUUCGUAUUCAUCGUUUAGCACUUGAAUCUGAUUAUGUAUCAUCUCAUUUACAUGAAUGGAUUGAUCUUAUAUUUGGUUAUAAACAAACAGGUCAAGCUGCUAUUGAUGCACUUAAUGUAUUUAUGUAUUGUUCAUAUGAAAAAGCUGUUGAUGUUGAUGCUAUUGAAGAUACAGUAACACGUGAAGCAAUUGAAGGUAUGAUACAAAAUUUUGGACAAAUUCCAUCUCAACUUUUAACUGAACCUCAUCCACAACGACAAACAUGUGAACAAGCAGCAUUUGAAAUUGAAUCACAAGGACGUGCAUUAAAUAUAUUUCAAAAUUUAUCACAUAUACGAGCUUUUUUUGUUGAAAUAACACCAGCAAAUGAUAAAUUAUGUGAUCCAAUAACAUUUAUUUCUAUACCAAAAAAUCAAGUUCGAUCAUUUAUGCAACAAGGAAUUCCUGAUACACUUAUUACUGUUAGUGUUAGUGGUGUUGUUGGAAAUAAUGGUUGGCAACCAUAUGAUAAAUCUUUAAGCCAUUUUUUUACAUUUGAACGAGAUCCAACAUUACAAACUGAACGUAAUCGACAUAUCAUUGCUGCACCAUUUGCUCCAUCAUUAGAAAUAAAUUCUCAUUUAUUUGCUGUUUCUCAUGAUGCAAAAUUUGUUUUUAGUGGUGGUCAUUGGGAUUGGUCAUUACGUGUUUAUUCUUUACUUAAAUCUAAAAUGGUUGGUUCAUUAAUUCAUCAUACUGAUAUAAUAACAUGUUUGACACUUGAUUCAACUGGAUGUAUUCUUGUUACUGGUUCACGUGAUACAACAUGUGUUAUAUGGAAUAUAUCUUUACAUGAUAAUCGUCAUUUAAAUAAUCUUUCUGAUCAAGAAUAUAAUUCAUUAAUAUCACCUAAUAUUACACUUUAUGGUCAUCCAACAGAAGUAACAUGUAUUUGUGUAUCAACUGAACUUGAUCUUGUUAUAUCAGGUUCAUUAGAUGGUAGUUGUAAUAUUCAUACAGUUGAACAUGGAAUUUAUCUACGAACAUUGCGACCUAUUGGUGAUCCAAUUAUGAAUUUACAAUUAUCAGAUGAAAGACAUAUACUUAUUCAAACAGAAAAAGAUGAUACACAUUUAUUUUUAUAUACAAUAAAUGGUGAUUUAGUUCGAACAAGAAAAUUAGAAUAUCAUAUUGUUGAUAUGCUUUUAAGUGAUCAACAUAUUGUACUUGCUGUCAAUCAUAUACCAUUAUUACAACAACAAACAAAUAAAACAACAAAUAAAGAAUCAACAAGUUUAACAGCUGCAAGAAUUGUUAUUAAAGAUAUGUUUGACAUGAAAACAAUUCAAACAAUUCGUCUUCGUACACAUAUCAAUUGUCUUUAUUUUACAAAAGAUUUUAGUCAUUUACUUGUUGGUGUUAAAGAUGGAAAAUUAAUUGUAUUAACAGCUGAAAAAAAAUCUUUAACAAAAACUGUUACUAAAAAUAAUUAA